AUGGCGACGCCCCAGCAAUGUGAGGGUCCACCCUUGACGCAGUCACUCCUGCGAGCAGAGCUUGAUGCUUUCGCGAAAGAGACAUUGCACCGCGAGUUCGAGGACUUGAAGAACAGUCUUAUCAAAGAGGUCGUCGAUCACUUGAGCGCCCGAGGGGUAGAACUUACGCUGGCGCAGCAGCCGCGUGCCUCAACGAGAGGAAGACCACCGUCACCAUCGUUGGGCCAGACACUGCACGAGGAAGGUUCUCCUGCGGCCCACCAACCUCUCAUGCUUUCGGGAAAGGGGGAUGAGCUUUACCAGGAGAUUGAAGAUGUACAAUCAGACGGUCCCGAAGAAACUUGGCAGUCUGCCCGUUACCAAUGUCUUUCGGCUUUUGUAAAAGGCACAACGUUUGAUUUCCUUGCUGGCGCAUUCGUGAUGUUGAGCGUGGUUUGGCUUACCUUCCAGACAGACUACGUAGCAAGGCGGUGGCUCACGCAUGCGCCCGAUCUGUUCGUGUACGUCGAUCUGUUCUUUUUGGUUGGGUUCGUCACCGAGCUCUUUCUGCGGAUCUUUGUUUUCGGUGUCAAGGAGUUCUUCUGCGGCCCUCAGAAGUAUGGCGGUUGGUUUGAUGCUGCUUUAGUUGUCAUCCAGGCGUUGGACGUCUUCCAGGAGAUGUUCGACCUCGCCAAAAAUCAGACACAGUGGGUGCCAUUGUUGAGGAUCCUGCGGCUCUUUCGCGUCUUCCGGCUCGUCCGCGUUUUCAGGGUCUUCCCGGCUUUGCGCUUGCUCAUCGUGAGCGUCGUCCAGUCUGUCCAGCCACUGAUUUGGGUGUUCAGAGGAAGGAGAAGUGACACAACCACCAUCAAGAGGGCCACCCGCGGUGAGGAGGUCCACGAUGUCUUCCCGAGUUGGAUAUGGACAUGUCCCGAGCGAGAUAACGGGGGGAACAGGAAAAAAAGCGACGCCACCACCAAGAGGACCCCCCCUUCCUCUUGA